CAAAAUUGAGGAUUGAUAUCGUCCUAAGUUCCGCAAUAGUGUUUACUUAAAUUUUUCAAUCAAUAAUUAUUAUACAUACUCCGAUAUUACAACGAAUAAAAUAACAGCAAAAUGGGACGACGCUCGAUUAAUACCACCAAGAGUGGAAAAUAUAUGAAUCCGACAGACCAAGCCCGGAAAGAAGCACGUAAGAAGGAGUUGAAGAAAAACAAAAAGCAACGGCAGAUGGUUCGUGCAGCCGUCCUGAAAGGCAAAGAUCCAGCGCAGCUUAUCGAAGAAAUGGAAAAAAUAGACGAAAUGGAGUUUAAUGUAUAUCAGCCUUCACCACUAAAUGAAAAAGUACUGAAGGAGAAACGCAAAAAAUUAAAGGAGACUUUGGAUCGCGUUAUGCGGCUCUACCAGGCUGAUGAUCCAGAUUUGUGGGGCGAGUUAAAGCGAAAAGAAGUUGACUAUGAAAAACGUCGGAAUAAACGCAUUCAGUAUUACGAGAGCGUAAGGCAUGCUGAACAAGUUCAAGUUGACGACAUCCCCCUGCCAUCAGCAAAUGAGACACCUACACCUCUAUCUAUUCCAAGAAUUCCGAUACCUCCGACCUUACCUGCAAUAAUUCCUCCAAUUAAACCCGUCCCACCUCCGGUGCUGAAGAAACCAGUAGAAAAUCCUAUAGAACCUUCGGAACCGGUAGAUGAUGAUGACGAUAUCCCUGGAUGCCCUCCUGGGCCGCCUCCAGAUAUAUUCAUGAUGCCAGAACUUGAUUUCGAUUUAGAAGAGUUUCACAGCGAAACUCAGAAAAGUGUUAAAUUUUUCGAUGACGCUGAUUCCCGAGACAACUCUGACGAUUCGGAUAUUGAAAAACCAAAACAACCUAGUACGGUGCAACAGAAAAUGCUUGCAAUAUCGGGACAGAAUUUGGAUGAAUUCAUGAAGGAAAUGGAAAAUGUACAAAAGAAAAAAGAUCAGUUGGACAAUCCGCCUGGAGCGAUUCCGAUGCUUCCUAAGCAUCCUCUUGCUCUACCGAAUCCGGCACCACACCCAUCGGAUCCAACUGUCAAAUAUGUACCUAUGCCAUCAAUGCCAAUGCCGGGACCUAUCCAGCCAGCUCUAAUGAUACGGCCUCCCCCACUUCGACCCGGCAUUCCCGGUAUGCCUGGAUUACGCAUGCCUCCUCGACCGCCGCCAGGAAUUCCGCCUCGAUUAGGCAUCCGUAUGCCACCAGGACCUCCGGCAGGUCCUCCACCGAAACACAUCCAACAGCAACACAUGCGUAAUAUGCUGCACCAGCAACAGCUGCACAAAGAUCCGAAAAGUGCUACAAUUUCCGCUAAGCCUCAAAUUCGAAAUCUCAGUGCCGAUGUUACUCGUUUCGUUCCCAGUGCCUUGCGGACUAAGAAGGACGAAGGCGUUAAACGGCCACACCCGAACCGGUCUGACGUUGGCCAUCAUCAACCGAACGUACAACAGCAACACCAACAUAUGCAUCCGGGACGGCCUGGAAUCGGUGCUAUCGAAUCCAGCAAACCCAGCAAGGACGAUGCUUACUUGCAGUUCAUGAGAGAAAUGGAAGGAUUACUUUAAUUGGUAAGAAAAUUGUGUUUUUACGCCAUUAUUAUGAAUGGUAUAAUGUGUUUUUAAAUCGAACAACACACUGAAAAAGUCGAACACAUCCAGGUUCUAAAUUUUACUUUACUUAUUUGGAUGCAUACAAAAAUUUCAUUAAAACUUUUUGGGAUUUAAUUUUGUAUAGCAAUAAUAAUUAUUAUUAAAGUAAAUAAAUGCUCAGUCACCGAAUCUAGGGU